UAGGAAAUACACGCCCUGUCCAUUUCGCUCUCCUCGCCCAGGUUUGUUUUGGGCCCUUCAGUUCCUGAUAGGAAGAUUCGAGACGGCGGGGUGAAAAAGAGAUAGCAUUGCCCUUUUAGCAGGAGAGCUUUCCUAUGCCACCGGAUCAAGGCGACGUUUGCCCAUCCGGCGGCCACACCAUUCUACACCUGUCGCGAUCGCUGUUCUCCUUUCCGCCUUCUAACACAGCUGACAACAACACGUCUGGUGGAUGAUUUUAUCCGCAGUGCUACAACCGGACAACACUAUGUCAAGGCACCAGCAAAGGACGCCGUUCAAACUCCCUCAAAACGUUGUGGAGGUCAAGAGCAAAUUUGAUGCAGAGUACCGCCGCUUCGCCCUGAAGCGGAGCGGCGCCGGAAGCUUCCAGGAGUUCUACCGCCUGCUGCAGAGUGUCCACCACAUCCCGGGGACGGACCUGAUGCUGGGCUACGCCGACAUUCACGGGGACCUGCUGCCGAUCAACAACGACGACAACUUCCAGAAGGCCGUCUCCUCGGCCAAUCCGCUGCUACGCAUUAUACUCACCAGAAAAGAGGAUGAGCCCAUCGUGUUUGCCACCAACUCUCUCCAGAGACGGAAGAAGGGGCUGGGCUUGACGGGGCUCCGCCCUAAUGCCUCGGGCUCCACCCACCAAAAGAACAAGCCGGGCCUCAUGAUUGGUCUCCCGCAAGACUUCCGGCAGAUCUCGUCCAUAAUCGACGUAGACAUCCUGCCCGAGUCGCACCGGCGGGUACGGCUCCACAAACACGGCACCCGCAAACCGCUGGGCUUCUACAUCCGCGACGGGGUCAGCGUGCGCGUGACCCCCCAGGGCGUGGAGAAGGUCCCCGGGGUGUUCAUCUCCCGGCUGGUGCGUGGGGGGCUGGCAGAGAGCACGGGGCUGCUGGGGGUCAACGAUGAGAUCCUGGAGGUCAACGGCAUCGAUGUAGCGGGGAAGUCUCUGGACCAGGUGACGGACAUGAUGGUGGCCAACAGCCACAACCUCAUCGUGACGGUGAAGCCGGCCAACCAGAGGAACAACGUGCUGCCCCGGGGCAGCAAGGUCUCCGCCGGCAACGCCUCUCUGGGCUCCGGGUCCACAGGCUCCGCCCUCUCCUGCGACUCGCCCAGCCCGGUGUCCCAUAGCAACCCCAUCACGGCCAGCGACAGCAUCGCGGAGGGCUACAGUGAGGAAGAGGACGACGACGGCGACCUCAUCAUCGAGAACGACAACCUGUCGACGUACAUUCCCCACAACUUACACAGCAGCAACAACGGCAACUACAGCAGAGACUCCCUGGGCCGGCUCGGCUCCGUCGCCUCCAGCGCGCCGCUCGCGCACAGCGCCUCCAUGCCCAGUAGCUUUGUCACCUCCACCAGCGACACUUCCAUGACGACAGUCAAUCAAAACGGAAGUCCCGCCCACACGGCCAGCAGCAGCAGCCAGGAAAGCAUGCGAGAGGACGGCAACAGCAUCACCCUGUAGCCACCGCUAGAGGGCGCCAAAAACACACAGCCGAAGAGCACCAGAGCCGAGACUUAACUCAGUAGCCGCUGUUAAGAAGGCGCCAAACUCACCUGAACAGCACCAGGGCCUGGAAUAACUCUGUAGCCACCACUAGGGGGCGCUAAACACACUCAAAAGAGCAACAGGGCCUAGUCUCACUCUUAUCCCCUUUUAAAUGUAAUAGGCCUGAAUAGGUUAUUUAUGGUGCCCCUCACUAAAUAACCUUCAACCCGCCACACUCAAAUAAACUACCCUCACGGGUUCUAGGGUGAAAGAUAGGGAGUUCCAAUGCAAAAAAGUGAGAAUGUUUAGGUUAUGUAAACUCCAGUACUGCAUGUGUGUUCCCCCCCUGAAUGUAUAUUGGUUGAUGCAAUCUCUAUUGCAUAAACAGGAAUUCAUUAAUUUUAGAAUAACAUACUUCCAAUGGUUUAUUUGCUCUUGCUACAGUGCCAAUACCUUACGGUCCGUUACUUGGUUGUCUUCAGUUGCCUAUUUGGAGGUGUGUUAAGGUAAUCGGUUUGGUUGUUAGUCUCAUGGUUCCCUGUUGUUCUUUCCUUGGCCCGGGUAACCUUGCCUUUUAACACUAUCCUCCCAGCUCCACUGAUAAAACUAGUAUGCAUUUGUUGAAUUUUCCAUUUACGUAUGGCUCUGGAUGCUCAGUGAAAUGAACCUUUCAACAGAUGUACCCUGAAACAGUGAGAUCAUUCAGAUCAACGCGAUGUGAAUGAUAACAUGCCUUACCUUCAAACAUUGCGGAUACAACCGCUGCAGUACUUGAUCAUGUUUUGAGGUCACAGAAUACAAACUAUGAAAAAAAAGCCUGUGUACACAGACACACAUGCUACACUUGCAUUCUCCUUAAAACAAAAAAGAGCUGCAGAUUUUAUUUUAAUGUAUAAUAUAUAAGCAUAUGAGAUGAAAAUGAAGGAUUAUAAACAAGGGAAUUUUGAUUACAUGGGAUGGGAUUUUCUAUGUAAAAGAACCUUUUAUAUUAAGUGCGAAUUGUGCAGAGUAUUUUUCUUAUUGUAUUUUUAAUUGGGUCUGGAGGAGAGGCAAAGUGGGAACAGCCGAAACAUGAAGGAAUAUAAUGGAAACAUACCAGUGGCAGAGGGCAUUCAAAUGCACACUGUGUAUGUGUUCUCUCAAAUCAGUCUACAGUAUUUAUUGGGCCCUAAUAAUGGCUCACAAUUUAUCCAUAUGUACUCUUAAGCUCUUUGUCCUAUACCAAUUGGGCUUGCAUUUAUUGUGGCAGGCUAAGACGAAUCUCAAGUCUACUGGGAACCCAGCUCAAAAACCUGAUUCUGUUGAGAACUGGACAUGAUGUUUGAUUGUUUUGAAAAUAGGGGGCAAUAUCAUUUUUGGGAGUCAAUUAUUUAUUCAUUCCUUAAUUCAUUGAAUAGUUCCCUUUUUCAUGUGAUGAUAAGUUACCAAAUUGGUAUGCAGAAAAUAAAAACAUUUAAUGCACAAACAGAACUAGGUGAAAUAAAUGAUGAAUGCAUUGGUUAAUACAGUUAAAAUGCACCUUACUGUAGAAAAGUAAUGCUGUAAGUAGUUGAGGGGAAAGGUUGGUCAUUCCCAAGCCGACUCUUUGAACCAAGCAUACUUUGGGCUUGGAGGCACUGAGGCAGGCCACUUGGUGUCUCAGUCAAUAGGCCUUUACAAUUGAACUGUGAGUGAUUGGAAGGACACAUUCUAAUCUUCAAGUCACAAACUGUUGUAAUAAAGUACUAUGAAAAUUA